UAAUACUCCACUAUCAAAGAAAAUAUCACCGGUUGUCCGUAAUAAUUUGGUGUAAUAAUUCGAUGAACUUAUGACCUUGGGAUCGUAUAUUCAAACUCCUCCCAUGUAGGUCUGCCACAUAAUAUAUAUAUAUAUAUACAUACAUAUCACCUGUACAAUAAAUUCAAAAAGUUGCUUCUUGGCCUGCGAGGAUCGUGAAGGUAUUGUAGUCCUUUCACGCGACCGCCAUCAAUGCGCAUCCCCUGCCAACUGCAACGACAACCGGAUUCUUCUUCCUUCAUGAUCCGCAGUCUAUGCGAGGUGCCGCGAGGUUCAUCACCAUCAGUGUACUUGCAGCAGAGGGAGCAGGUCCAUGAUCGAUUAAUGUUGUCGAAUGGGAAUGGGAAUGUGAAGAGGAAGGUGUACAGGGGGGUGCGGCAGCGGCACUGGGGCAAAUGGGUGGCGGAGAUACGGCUGCCGCAGAAGAGGGUGAGGGUGUGGCUGGGGACGUACGAGUCGGCGGAGGCGGCCGCAUACGCGUACGACCGGGCAGCGUACAAGCUCCGCGGCGAGUAUGCCCGCCUGAAUUUCUCCAACCUGGUGGACCCGGGGGGGCUCAUCGGGGAGGGGGACGCCGCCAGAGUAGAGAAUGCGGUGGACGCAAAGAUUGAGUCCAUAUGGCAGAAGAGGAAGAAGAGGACCAAGACCACGACGAAGAAGAAGUCUAAUGAUGAUGGUGUUCUUCAAGUUCAACCGGAUGCAGGUUUGGGGAAGAAAGAGGAAUCGCUGGGCGUGGGCGUUUCUGGAGAAAUGAUGGAGCUGGGAGUGGCAGGGGUGCCGUCGUAUGAUCCAGAGUUAAUUUGGGAAGUGCUUACUGCUGCUGCCACUACUAGUGCUACUUGACAGUUGGUGUGUUAGAAGAAGAAGAAGAAGAAGAAGAGCUGGAGGAGGAGGAAGUAGCCAGCAGCAGCAGCAGUCGGUUAAUUGGUAAUUGGUAAUUGGUUGGUCGGUUGGUUCCACCCCUCGCAUCGCAUCCUUGACUGCCUUAAACCAGAUACCACUGCUACUACUACUUACUGCCUGCUGCUAGAAUACAGUUAUACCAGUAAACAGACACACAAACCCACGUUUGCCUAAUGUUUUGUUUCUCUGCUCUCCUCUCCUCUUCUCUUCUCUCCUCUUCUCUUCUCUUCAAAUGGAUGGUAGAUCAUACUACUAAUAAAUUAGUAAGUCAAUCAAUACAAUCUUCUCUGCUUACAGCUUU